CUGCAGUGUCCUCGCACGGCACGCCAUAUGAACAAAAUCUCUUCUCUGCUGCUGCUUGUUCUGAUCGCCCACGAGAGCUCCCGCCUAGCUCGCUGCUGCUUGUUGCGUUUGUCGGAGGUUGGAAUUAGCCGUCGGCGAAGAUGAUCGAGGUGGUGCUGAACGACCGGCUGGGGAAGAAGGUGCGCGUCAAGUGCAACGAGGACGACACGAUCGGCGACCUCAAGAAGCUGGUGGCAGCGCAGACGGGGACGCGCGCCGACAAGAUCCGCAUCCAGAAGUGGUACAACGUCUACAAGGACCACAUCACCCUCGCCGACUACGAGAUCCACGACGGCAUGGGCCUCGAGCUCUACUACAACUAGCGAUCGAUCGAGAGUAACUUGUGUGUGUGUAUCUACUCGAUCUCCGCCUAGUCUUUCUUUUUGCCGAUUGAAUUCUCUUAUUAUGAUGCAGCAGGGUGAUUUUGCUGUAUAUAUGUGACUUAAAGUGUGAUACUAUCUCGUUCUGUUACGAUCUGAAAGGUAUUAUGGAGUGAAUUUAUGUUGAU